CUAAGAGAAGUUAUCCCUGAUGGAAAAUAAUAUAAACUUAGCAUUUACUCACCUUCCAGAGCCGUUCAAGAGCUACAAUGAGAAGCACGGAAAGGCAAUGUAUGAAGGCGUCCUCUAUAAGCCGGAAGAAGAGAAGAAGGAUUCAUCUGAUAUCAUAAAGAGCUUGACUAUAUUGCACUUAGCAGGCAAUACUAAGGAAUUCAUUGAGAUGCUUGAGGCAAACUCUCAGUUCCUCAAGAAGUCAGGCCAUAUGACUAUAGAAGAUCAAAGUAUGAUCAUUGAAAUGAUCUAUGAUGAAAUCUUUAGGAAAGAAAAGGUAGAAACCAAGAACAUUGCUAAACUGUUCAUCUCUCUUGAGAAUUUUAUCAAAUUCAAUUACAAUAAACUGGAUUUGAUCCUUGACUGGAGACCUUGUUUUAACUUACUGUAUGCCAUUUUUGAAAACCCUGAAGUAAAAAUGGAGAUGUAUUCUCUGAGCCAGAAACUUCCGUUCUAUGAUUUAGUUGAGAAGGUCUAUCUAAAAAUGAACAAGUUCUUCAAACAAGGAUCUGCUGAGGAGAUUUAUAAAGAAGUCAAGCCUUUUUUGUUCCAAGAAAGUCCAAAGUUCACUUCAAACUUUCUCUUGUUCUCUCUUCUAGUGCCUACUAAGAGAUUUAAUACUGAAGAGGAUGAAAUAAUGGAAUGGUUCCCUGAAAUAAUGGAUUUAUGGAAAAGCAUGCCACUCAGCUCGUACUUUAGAAGCAUUUUCAUCAGAAUUCUUGCACAGGUCACCCAAAAUUUCCCCCGGUUAGAUUACACUCCUUACAUAAAUUUCGUUACGUAUCAGUUCAAUAUCGAGAUCGGUAAUCAGAACACCGGAGGUUACAGAAAUAAAUAAUUGUGAAAGAUAUUUUGCGAACUUUUACGUCAACACUUUCAAAUCAUCAGAGCAUCUUCAGACUGAAGACCAAAAAGAGAUUACUCAAGAGACCAGUAUCGACUACAUCUCCAAAAUGUAUAGUGACUACUUGCAUCCAAACAAUAAGUUCAAGAAUAAGGGAAAGCUUGUGGUGUUCUUGAAGAGCCUCUCUAAAAGUCUCUGUCAUAGAGUUAGAGCAGAGAAGACUAAGCUAGAUGAAGACCCUGACUUUAGAUUCAAGUACUUAUUCCUUCAGCAGGAUGAUAUCAAGAGAUUCAUUCAGAGUGCCAAGCCUCUGAUAGAGUCUGCCAUACAAGGAGAUACAUACCUGCGAGACCUUAGCUCUGCUCUAAAGGGAUUCAUCAUUUUAGACUGUGAUGAAAUCUUAUCAAUUUUUGUCUUAAAAUAACUUCAGAGAGCUAGAUAACCUUACAAGUGAGAGAUUCAUUCCUAUCCUAAAUGAAGUGAUAUUAGGUACCCUAGUAAACGACCAGAAUACAUCAGAGUACAAAUAUGAGUUCCUUCAGAACUCAAUUGAAUAUCUCCUGGAGCAGGCUCAAGAGAUGGACACUAAAAAGUUGAAGACUAUUCUUCAAAUCUUUGAUUCUAUCUGGGCUGUCUUCCCAGUCUUGUCUUCAACAUGGGGUAAAGAAUUUGUUGAAAAAUUCUCCAAAAACAAAGAUUACACAAAGUACCUCAGAGCCAUGAAGAAAAAGAGGAUCCAAGAAUAUCAGUUUUAUAAGUUCUAUGAAAAAGUUGAAGAUUAUGCCACUGAAUACUUCGGAUUACUUAAGAAAAUUAUGAACUCAGGUGCUCCUAUUAAGAACGAGACAAUUAGAGCAUUCUGGAAUCUUCUCAAUGCAAUGAGAAAAGAUGUCUACACCCCUCUAAUCAAAGAUUUGGUCGAAACAGCUGAUGUUGAUAACGCUUCAGAAGUUUUAAGUAAAUCUAUAGGUAAUAUUGCUGUUAGAGAUGAUGGACUAUCUUGAGAGUUGGUGGAGCAUUACCUCAAUAAGCUAUUAUCCAAAGAAGGUGAUCAGUAUGAACUUACUUAUCACAACUAUUCCAUCACCCAAUUUAACUUGGUCAUCCUCAACGUGCUUGUAUACCAAAAUAGGGCAGCAGCUUCGAAGCAUUUUGAUAAAAUAUUUGAGUUAAUGAAGACUUUAUACAGUGAAGCAAGCCAGGAGCGGGAGAUUCGUCAUCUUGUAAACCUUGCUAAGCAUUUUACUGCCCCAUUCGCAUUCUUCUCAAUAGUUUACAAGGGUAUUCUUUCUGAUGAACAACUCGCAUCAGAAGAAUACAUGAAGCACUUGUGGGAAAAUGCAGGAAAGCUCACUUGCGACAAGCUUAAUUUUGAAAUAAUUUCAGUUGAUCAAGACUCAAUUGCAUUUUUCAGCAAUGCACUUGAGAAGCAAAUCCUCCCAUGGCUACAAGUAAAACUAGAAGAGAAUGUAGAGAAGCAUCAAUUAAAGAUACUAUCUGGAAUAUUAAAAUCUAUUAGCGUCAAUCUACAAGCACUUCUUCCACCAAGAAGUUAUGAGGCAAGCAAGGAUUUUGUAUCAUACUACUAUUCGCACAUAAAUCUUAGUCAAGAAGUUUUAGACCUUCUUUCCUACCAUGAAGAGACUAUCUUUUGAGUAUGUGAGUCACUGACUCAGAAAGUAGAGACUAGUGAAGGUAUACAAAGAGACUCUGAGAUCAUCAACAAUAUCGGGGAAGUCUAUAAGCUCAUAGUCACAAGAGGGAAAGCGCCUAUCAAAGAAAUCACAUUCAAAGAAAAUAAAGCAUUAUUUUCGGAAAUAGAGUAUCCUGAAAAUAAAAGAUUAGAGUCGACUUAUGUGCUCGAGGUUGGAAACCUUCUCAAGCUCUUGUUGAACCAAGCUAAGAGUGGCUACGAUGAGAACUCUACCAUAUUCAAGAAAUCUCUAGAAAGACUAUACCAGUUUGAAAGAUAUUACUCCUUGAUCCCUAGUAUACAGAAGGAAGUGAAGACUUUGAAAGACCCAAAGUUUAUCCAAUAUUUCUCUGAAUUUGAAAAUAAGCAUAUCUUCAUCCUUGAUGAUUUAUACAAAGAAGUGCUCAAACUCAUAGAUGAGGUCAAAAAUCAAACAGAAAAAACAGUUGUUACUAGAGAUCAUUUGAUAGGCCUCCUUAUUUUAUUUGAUAAACUAUGAAACAAAGAUGUGCUAAAGAGAAAAGAACAAAUUCUUAGAAUACUUCUUCUGAUCUACACUGGAAGUAGCAUAGAGGAUAAGAAUAUCGGAGCUCAUAUCUGGAAUGUCUCCUUCAGAACUAUUAAUGUAGCAGAUAGAUGGUAUACAUUUGAUCCGAAACUUACAACAGACAAUGAAGAUUUUUAUCAUGUUUCCUCUGUGUUUGCAAAAAUGGCUAAAUUAAAGACCGAACUUGCUGCUGAAAUCCAAAGUUGAAGAAAAGAGUACUUUGAUCACCUCCAAGAUCAGCAUACUAUUGCCCAAGGAAUAAUUAAAAACAUUUUGACAUUCACCGAGAAGCCAGAGAUGGGAAAUCUGGUGCAAGAAGAUACCAGAAUUUUAGGUUCAAUAGAUAUCUGGCUGUGUUAUUUCUAUCAAGAUUAUGAGUACCUAUCUCUUAUCCAGAACUACCUGGUUGAAAGAAUGUUCUUAUUUGCCCCUCAAGUCCGCAACAAAGCUCUAACACUUAGCAGAAAGAUUGUCGAAUACAAAAUAAAAUUGAAUGACUUUGAGAAGGUUGAGAAUACUACAGAGUCCAUGCAUACUGAUCAUAUAGAGAAUUUCAAUAGAUAUCUAAACUUCGAACAAGACAAAUACUAUGAUGACACCCAGCUCGGUUAUCACUCAUCCGUCAGUACCUACACUAGUUAUAAUGGAGAUACACCAUUCUUGAAAAAUUCUGAAGAUAACCAAAAUUCUGAUGCUCUGCAUGCAAAGCUAUUGGAGGCUGGAAAUACUUUUAUGAAAACCUUAUUCGAUCAAAUCUUGUUAGAGCUAAAUUCUAAAGAAGACAUCAAAAUUACUAAUGAUGAAAUGAGUGAAAAUAACAGAAAUAAGAAAAUUCAAAGAAUGAUUGCUGCCCUCAUCCAAAAAUCCCGCGACACCAGCACUGAUGACGCAGGAGUGGAUCAAAACAACAGAAAAAAUAUUGGAAGACAAAUCCAAGAUGCUCAUGCCUCCAUGGGUGGAGCGAAAUACUACAAUGUAUUCUACCAAAUGAUUAAGUAUUAUGGCCUUGAAGUUUACACAAGAAAUAUUUUACCAGUCAUCCAAGAAUUCUUUGAGAAAGGGUUUAAAACAAUAGAGCAUCCUCAUGUUACUAAAUCAUUCCUCGUCGAUAUCCUCUCUGCAGUAAUUCUCACUUGUAAAUACUACUAUACUGGAAAUGAAGAAACCUAUCUUACAGCUUUGGACUUAGUUGCUCAAUUAUUUAAUGAUUGUGAACAGCUAGACAAUACUAAUUACUUCCCUCAAUUUCUUCAAAUUGCUCUAAACGAAAGAGAUCCCAGAAGAUUUGAGAGCUUUAUCAAUCCAAUGAUUGAAAGCUUCAAUCAUUCCUCAUCAAUCAAGGCAAGGAAUGCAAUAGCUUUCACCUCACAUCUAUGCCUUGCUUUUAAAUGGAGAGGUAUUCCAUAUGCUUCACAGCUGAUUCAGAAAAUCCUAGAUAAAGAUGGUUUAUCAUCCAUCCCUCAAGAAGGUCAAAAAGUUAAACCAACUCUUGCCCUCAUCAAUCACAAAAAUUGGAAGAUAACUUCAAAACUAUUUGGAAGAUAUAUCGCCAAUAUUCAGAAGCACCUUGGUGGUAAAGCCCAAGAUGAAGCUGUUGGAAAAAUCCAAGAGUUCUUGCAUCUUGCCUUAGAUUCCGUCCAAGAGAUUGAGAAUGUAGAAGAGAACAUAUUCUUACUUAACAAUUGCAUUGUUAAUAUCAUUGAAAUUUUUAGAGCACUUGUCAAAGAUUACUCCUUAGAUUCUCUCCCACUUGAAUUCAUCACUCAAAUCCUGAAAUUAUCUUUCCUCUGUAUUGAAAAAUCUGUGCAGAAGGAUACACUCAACCAAAGCACAGCUUUGGUUGGUGAUGCUCUGAACAAAUUAGUUGUAAGCCAAGACAGCCUUCCUGAAAUCAAAGAGUUCUUAUAUCAAUAUUCUACAAGCACAAAUUGGAGGAUUAGAGAGAAUAUUCUAUACCUUCUUGAAGGAGUCAACUCUAACUUACUUAAGCAAGGUCUCCAUAGUCUUAUCAGUAUCGAAGACAUAAUUCCAUAUUUCCAGGAUGAAAGUAUCUAUGUUGUCAGAAUGGCAAAGAAAUGCUUAAUGACAGCUUUAAGACUCAAUCAAGGAAUCUCAGGAGAAUUCAUAAUGAAGCUACUUAAUAAGAAAGCAGGAAUUUCAGCUGAUAAAUCAGAAGAAAGAUCAAUGGAUCCCGCUGAGAAUCCACAUAUCACCCUAUCAGCGAUGUAUUCCUUCGGCUAUAAGAUCCCAUUCUCUAGGGAAGAGAUUUCUCUGGAUGACUUUUUAGUAUCAAUUCUGUACUUAUCCAAGCUAUCAAGAUGCUCAAGUUCUGAACUCAAGACAGAUAUCCUUGAUUUUAUUUCGAGAUUUAAAUCUAUUCACCAGCAGACAGUGGCGUAUCAGCCAGAAAGAUUCACUGAAGAACAACUGCAAUUGAUCAAAGAGAUCUUCAGCGUGAGCUCAUGCUUAACUCUGGUAUAAAUCAGUUCAAUAUUUAGAAUAAAUUUU